AACAUGCACUUUUAAAUGCCCUGAAAGGAAGUGGAUUUGCUCCAUUCAGAAGGACCUCGUGUUCAUGAUAGGCCAUGCAUGCCUUCCUUACAAAUUGAACUGUUGGUUGUUUCCAUGACUACGAAAACCAGCGCUGCACCAAUGACUGAUCUUGUGUUGGGCGACACAGCCAUUUUCGCUCUCGGGGGAAAAUAAUAUUGUACUGCGGUAUUAAAACAAGGAUUCUGUUCUUGAAAUACGCACAGGUAUACAGGUUGGAUAGCAAUCAUUUAUUUGGUGUGUUGCACAGUUUCCCGACCGUGCACUGCAUUUACGGUUGGGGAAAACUGAUUAUCUUCUGUGAAGCAUUUGUGGAGCUGCGUAUUGUCUUGCGGAAGCUGGUCUGGGAUGCUGUCGGAAUAGAUAUCAACUCAUCCCAUACUAGGCAACUGAUCCAACAGCAGUGUUUGCGCUCUAUGGACUGCCUGCCUGCCUGCCAGACUCCUCAAAAACAGGAUAGUGUAAAGCGCUGCUGCGACGAGAGACCUUCAACAUGAAUACAGGUAAUGAGUCUCACCUGUCAGAUUCAGAUGUGUGGCAGUCAUACAGCGCCACGGAGAGCCUGAGGAACGGCGACGUCACCACUUCCUCCCUGGCCGCCAAAGGCUUCAGGAGCGUCAGGCCCAAUCUACAGGACAAGAGGUCUCCCACACCAGCCCCACCUCCUCCCAGUCAUAGCUCUCACCUGAGCCUUGUUGGCAGUUCCCCCUCAUCCUACUGCCCUCCUCUGCCUGGCCCUGGUGAAUGUUCCUCUAGCUCACUGGUCCUUAGACACCGGUCCCACUCCUCAGGAACCAUGUCCUCCUAUUCACACUGCCCAGAGAACACCUCUCUCAACCCCAACACCAGGUUAACUGUACCAAGCACCAGUAGCUCCUCCCAAUCUGUCUACAGUCAACCACAGGGAUCCGGCAUGGUCUCCCCAAGACUAACCCCGUUGCAAGUUACCGAGAGCUCUUACACCCCUGGUACAUACCCCCACCAUGAGCCUGUCCUUAAAGACAAGCCACCCCUCCCCCAGAGAGAGAGACACACCUCCUCGCUGUCUAUCCGCAUCACCCCACCCACUCCCCUGGUGGUCACAGUGCCCCUGCUCUGCCAGUACACCCUCCCCUCAGCAGAGCCCCCGUGGACAGGACCCCAGGACACAGGGAUGGCUAUCCUGCUCUUUCCCCCUGCAGGCCGACAAGUGGUCCCUCCGAGACCCCCACACAGAAAGACAUCUCCUGAACCGACACUGUCAGCCUACCAGCCCCCCCUAAACAGGCCCUUUCAUAUACGUCUCUCAUCUGACCCCUCAAAGUCCCCCAGCCACCCCCCACCAGUCCCGGUGGGUCCCCGGACCCACUCCCUGCCCGCCCAGGGCCCCUUCACCCCCGAGCCCAGCCAGAGCGGGGCCAGCUCGGUCCUCAGCUGCUCCUACAGUGAUUUGUCCACUGCCGUUCUGGAGGAAGAGCUGCAGCACUGUGCCCUGCUGUGUGCCACCGACAGGAGUUCUCAAACGCCCUCGCCCACCCUCAGCCAGACGUCGGCCAUCACCGACGACACUGCGCUCACUGCCACUACCUACACCACAGCCGUCGCUAAUAACUACAUGGCAGUGAAUGGGAAUGGCGGGAUCACAGGCAGCUCCUACAGUCACCUCCAGAGGCCCUUCUCCCCCAUGUCCUACCCCCCUCCUCCCUCACUCAGCCCCAGCCUUGGCCUCUUAACACAGGCCAGGAGUGCAGAGGUCCGCUCCCCAGGCUACCCCCGUAUGAGCCGCCCUCCCCCCGCCACCCCAGCAGAGGAGGAGUACCAGGAGGUACCAGGAGCCCCAAGGGGAGGCGAGGGGGGGAAAGCCCCUCACCACGCAGGCAUCGGCCCUGUGGAUGAGUCUGGCAUCCCCAUCGCCAUCAGAACGACCGUGGACAGGCCAAAGGACUGGUAUAAGUCCAUGUUCAAGCAGAUUCACGUGGUACAAAAACCAGAUAGACAUCAUCGCUCAGCCCCAGACUAUCGGCCAGCCAAGUCCUUGCAGACCCAUGCUCCGCCCCAGACCCACACGUACCGGCCAAUGACCAAGAGUGUGUCUGACAACAGCACGUGCAAUGUCUUCAGGAACACAAAUUCCUUAACCUCGCCCUCACCCAUGCCCCCCACACCCCCUCCCAUACUCUCAUCGGCACAUGUUCGAGAAAGGGAGCGCGAGAGGGACAGAGGCACAAUAGACAGAGGCACGGUAGACAAAAACCAAUAUGGACCCCCUGACAGAAAGGUGGACACCAGGAAAUAUCGUGCAGAACCUCGGAGCAUCUUCGACUAUGAACCUGGGAAAUCCUCAAUUUUGGAGCAGGAGAGACAGAAUACUAGUAACUCAAACCCUACUGAGGUAGAUUUAGAGGAUGAGCCUUGGUAUAAGUUCUUUGCUGAGCUGGAGUUUGGACGUCCGCCUCCUAAAAAACGUCUGGAUUAUAUAGUUGAGAGUUCCCUCCAACAGGCCUCUACAGACAGGAACACAGACAGGCCAUCAAGUGUCCACAGCUCAACCAGUGACUACAGGAAGAGGAGGAAGUCCGAGGUAGCAGCCCAGCAGCCCAGACCAGCCAGCACCCUGACCACAAGCCAGAGUACAUCCAGCAGCCUGUCAGGGCCCAAUAGCACCACCAGCCACCACCCAGUCUCCUGGCCUGUAGAAUCUCCCCGUAGCAGCAGUUACAGCAGCGGCCUCAACUCCUCAGGACGGCCCUCUGAACCUCCACGUAGCAGCAGUUACAGCAGCGGCCUACGCAAGCCUGUGGCAAGCUCCUCCCCUGCCUCCCCCUCCAAAGCCAAAGGUGGGGAUAUUAGCAACACCUACUCAGCCCAUUUCAGUUGUCCAGGUCCCUCUCCAGGUCCCAACCACAAUACCUCACAUAACUCAGUGUUUCCUUGUCUUAAUGAUGAGGCUUUUGACUGUGUUGAGCCCCCUGAGGGCUCUGAUGAGAGCCCUGAUGUGUGCCUGAAGAACGGCUGGCAGGCUCAUGUCCAGAGCCAGAAUGCCGAGGCCUGGAGCUCUGCUGAGGAAAAGCCAACCUCUCCCAAACUCAAGUCCUGGAGCUGUGACGACCUCCUGGCAGAAGAUAGAGGAUGUCCGGGAGGUUCUGUAGGUUCACAGGUUCGCUCCGAGAGUGUAGACUUCCUGUCACGUGAGCAGCAGGGCAAAGAUCUCAGCGUCUGUGACAGCCCCCUGAGAGAGCGAACCCAGCACCACUCGGCCCACGAUGCACCAGGCUUCCUCAAGCUGUACAAGAAGAUGCACCACAUCAACAGGCAGGAUCUGAUAGGCUCCCAAAGCUCCCAGGUCAUCUGCUCUGUGAAAGCCCGGAUCCUGGAGUACGAGAGCGAGCUGCACAAGGACCGGCUGGCCGGCUGGAGGGGCUACAGCGAAGAGGUGCCCCAGGACAUGGUGCACAACAGGAUCUCUGAGUUCGAGAGCCUCAUCCAGAAGUCUAAGUCCAUGCCCAACCUAGGGGGUGGGGGUGAGGGUGAGGCUACCCCGGGGGGCCCGUCCGGGAGGGGCAGCAGCCCCCAGCGAUGCUUCUCCAUCGAGUCCCUGCUAGACGAGGACCCCCCUGCCAGGAACCGCCCUGAGGGCCAGCCACACUACCCCAGGAUCAACGCCCCCACUACCAACAACUGUGUGCCCAUCCACAUCCAGAUCACUGGAGACCACCACCACGUCUACCCCCAGAGACCAGCUUCCCAGCAGGAAGUCUACUCAGACAGUGAUCACGACGCCAUCAGGUCCAAUCUCAGUGACUUCAUCCAGAUAGAGGGAUCUUCCUUCUGUAGUGAGAGUGACUACGACCGCUGCUCUCGGACGUCGUCUGAGAGCCCCUACGGCUCAGGCCACUAUCACCACCAACACCGUCAUCAUAACCUUAACCAUAACCAGCAGAAGCACCUGGUCAGCAACUGUAAGGGCCGAUGCCCUGCCUCCUACACACGCUUCAGCACCAUGCUCAAACAUGAGAGGGCCAAGCAGCUGACAGCCGAGGACCCAGAGUCAACCCAGUCCAAGCUGGCCUUCCUUGUGAGUCCGGUACCGUUCAGGAGAAAGAGGGGCUCCCCUCCCCACAGCCACAGGCAGGCCGUCUCCACCCACAGCAGGCCCCCUCCCUGCUAUAAGAGCUCCAUGUACGAGGCUCUGGACGAAGCCCUGAGGGACAUCUAUGAACACAUCCGGGCCGAGAGGAGGAGGGGCAGCCUGCCCGACAACAGAAUCCUCCACAAGCUCCUGGACGAGCUGCUGCCAGACAUCCCAGAGAGGAGCUCCUCCCUCAGGGCACUGUGCAGACACAGCCCCAGCCCGGGACCCAGCCCCGUCCCUGGGCCCCAGACCCUGGAGCAGGAGCAGCCAUACCCCUCUCAGCCUGACGGCAUGCCCAGCCCAACCUGCUACCAGCCUGAGUACAGCCGCCUCUCACACAGUGCCUCCUAUCACCUCACAGACCCCAACAACAACAGCCAUAUCUGUGAAGACGACUACUACCAAGACCAGGACCCCACCAGGGGCCACUCUUACGCUGAUGGGGGCCGCCACACCCCCCAGAUCAGGAUACCAAACCCUGAAGUCAGAGAGAAACAGCCAGCCAGAGCUGUAUAUGACUUCAAGGCACAGACAGUGAAGGAGCUGACAUUCAGGAAGGGGGAGACGGUGUACAUCAUCAGGCAGAUUGACAACAACUGGUAUGAAGGAGAGCACCGUGGACUGCUGGGGAUCUUCCCCAUCUCCUAUGUGGAGAAAAUCCCUGUCUCUAAGAAGCAGCAGCCAGCCAGACCUCCCCCGCCAGCCCAGGUCAGAGAGAUUGGUGAAGCAGUGGCUCGCUACAACUUUAAUGCUGACACCAACGUGGAGCUCUCACUGAGAAAGGGUGAGAGGGUGAUUCUGCUGAGCCAGGUGGACCAGAACUGGUAUGAAGGGAAGAUCCCAGGGAGCAACAAGCAGGGCAUCUUCCCCGUGACCUACGUAGAUGUAGUGGUCAAGAAGUCCCCCACUGCCAAGAACCCCGCCCACCACUACCUAGAACCCUCUUCUUUACCCCAGAGCCUAUCCGCUGACAGGAUUCACCCUGUGGGUUCGGCCAAGCGGCCAUUGUUUACCCAAGAUGCCCUGAAUUGUGGUGGAGAGGCGUUCCAGGUCCUGUAUAACUAUGCUCCACGUAAUGAGGAUGAGUUGGAGCUCAAGGAAGGGGACAUUGUUGAUGUGAUGGAGAGGUGUGACGACGGCUGGUUUGUAGGCACUUCCAGAAGAAGCACGUUUUUUGGAACCUUUCCUGGAAACUACGUGAAGCGGCUAUAACCUUGUUCUCAUGAUGUCCAGCAAAACUGCAGUGGUUGUAUAACUCAGUGGGUGAAUAACCAAUAUAUUCAGACUGCACAAAAACGUUACAUUCAUCUAUGACUAGUUAUUUUCAUUAAAAAAAAACUUUUCCAGGAGUGACAAUGCAUUUACUAAUUUGAUGAAUAGGAGAAGAUAUGAACCCAGUGGCCUUGAAGGAAUAUAUUUCAUGUUUGAUUUAAGGGUAUUCUACUCUACUAACUGUGAGGAUGUCUCAGUGAAUACAGUGGAUGCAACAAAUAAGGUUGAAAUCAGAUUUGGUCAUAAACAAAAAUGAGUUAUUUGUGCAUAAUGAGAGUUAUUUACAGUGAAGGAAUGCCUUAUAGACUAAUGGGUUUCACAAUAAUGAAGUAACCAAGUGCCCUAUUUACCAUGUAUUUAUUUAUACAUAAAUAUAUAUUUUUCUUGUUCUGGAAGUACUCUAUAAUUGAUUAUGCUAAUUGACAUUAGGAGAGUGUGUUAUUAACCUUUUUGGAGAGGGGUUGUCCUCUUGCUUCAUACAGUUAAUGUGCAGGGGACCUGAACUUGGAUCUGUACAGGCAGGCAGAAAGAGAUGACAGUGUUGUUGGGUUAGUUUUAUACAGGCAAUUAGGGUUCCUCCUCAAUGCAUCCGUUAGCACAUGGCUUUGGACAGACACAUAGUUCAUGUAUUCAGGCAGUUACCUCUGACUGGAGCUAAUGUCUUGUCCGGUUUUGUUUUUCUCUCCUGACAUUCCUAUAAGUAUUAAUAAAAAGAAAGAGAAGACUUUUAUGUAAUUGGACAAUAUAUAUUUUUUAAAAGCAAUGUCUUCUUUUUACAACUUGGGUAGAGUGAUCUGUUAUUUAAGAUUGUUCUUUAAUAUAUGAUCAUUUUACAAUGUUCUUCUUAUUGCGAACUGUCAAACUAUUUGAAAUUAUUUAAAUAUCUUAGGGACAACUCACCUGCCACAAAUCCUGUAUAAAAGUGUUAAACAUAUUUGAGGUAAUUUAAUUUACUGUCUGUAUGCAUUCAGCUCCAAAUCAGCGUUUGAUUUAUGCAAUAACCAUUCUCCCAAAUACCUGCCUUUCUGUUCUAGAACACAGAGCAACAAAAUGACAGAAGGAUUGGAAGUGAUGAUGUUGUUGAUGAUGACAUGUAAUAAAGUCAUCAUGUAACUUUGUGUUCACUACUGCCUAAACACACCAUACCGUAUAGUCUGUCCUGUACAGUGUAUGUCCCUGUGAUUAAAAAACAUCCACUGCCUCCAUCAGU